CUAUUGAAGAAGCUUGUAGAAGCAAACUACCACCCCAAAGCUUUUCUGUUGUGUUUGACUUAACAAAGCCGAGUGAAAUAGUAAAAAUUACUCCUCACUGUCCGCCCGAUGCUAUUUAUGAUACAACCCUAAAGUUCUGUCGCGAAGGUUAUCAUAUUCCAUCCAGUGGUAAACUAACCAUCGAGUUUAUAAUACUAUUAUGGUUUAAACCGUCUCGAGGAGGGCCAGUACUUGAUCCAAAGUUGGAAAAGAAUUUAAUCGGUGUUAAUAAUUGGUGUUAA